ACAAAGGCCACCGACCGCAAACCAAAGGAAACCAAACCUUUUCUUCUUGCUUGGGUUUCUAGAGUUUCCUUUUCUUGCCCCCAUGCAGUUUUCAUCUCAAGGUAAACCACAAGUCACAUACCUUCCUUCCUGCGUUUGAGGUGCAUAUUGGCCAAGGGGAAGAAAACCCACCCCCACGUCAAAUUCAUCUCCAAAUGCUUCUCCUGUAGAUUUUCCUCUGAAAAUGGUCCAAAGAAAGGUAACCAACAAGCGUCGAAUCCAAGCUGAUCAUGUUAAAUCAGAAAAGCUGUUGGCAAACCUCAAACCAUCUUUUCAAAACCAGGAUGGCAAAAGCAGAGUAGCUGAUUUGAAGAGGAAGAUGAAGAAGACAAGAUCAAUCAAGCUUUCAGAUAUUGAGAGCUUGAGACCAUCACCUAUGAGAAGGAACGUAUCACAGCUGGGAAAGCCGCCUCCUCUUGGUGUUCCAGCCACUGCAGCCAUCCCACAGAAGCAGCAGCCUCUGAUCAAAGCAUCUGAUGUUUCGCCAAAUUACAUGAAGUCCACAAGCUGUUUUGAAGCAAGGAAGGAGCAGUCUCAGGUGAGUCUUCGAAAUACCCAAACUAGUUUUGAAAGCAAGAAUAUCAGUAGAAGAAGUUGUAGCAGUUCAAAACCAAGCUCUGCUUCUGCUAAUAAACCAGCAAGAGCUUUAACAAGGACGUCUAGUUUGAAGCUGGUGAGGACUUUAACAAAGACCCCCAGUUUCAAGCCAGUUAGAGCUUCGGCUAAAAAGUCUUCCAGGGUUGUUCUUUGUGAAGAUACGAAUGCACAGAGAGCAACCUGUGCUUCAACUCUGAAGGACUCAAAGUUUCCAGCAUACCUUAUGCUUAGUCCAGGGGCAACUGAAUCUGAAGGAACUUCAGUCAUGAAAGUAUGCCCCUACACGUACUGUUCUCUUAACGGUCAUCGCCACUCUCCUUUGCCCCCAUUGAAGUGCUUCUUGUCGGCAAGGAGACGCUUGUUGAAGACCCAGAAAAGUAUGCAAAUGGAAGCCCUAAGCCCACAAAGACCGAAGCUGUCCAGUGAAGGAACAGAAAAAAUUGAUACUCCUAAGUUGAUCUUUGAGGACAAGCCUACGCAUAACGAAGAUGAUUUUGGUAACUUGGCUGCGCUUCCUUUCGCAGUAGAAGGGAGCGUAGAUUAUUUCAUAGAAAUCUAUGCCAAAAUAAAGCACGAGGACACUGUUGCUGGAGAUAUUGAGGAGCAUAAUGAUAUCAUGUCUAUAAAUGAUUGGGGAGAUGCAGCAGUGUCGGUGUACAGGGACGAACAAGAAGUGAUAGGGAGCCUCCCUGAUGGAUCGCCAGAAAUUGAGGUUGAUUUUGAAGACAAGACUGAACAACAUGGUGAUACUACAUCUAGAGAAAUGGAUAGGACAGAGAGCUUUCCUGGAGAACAAGUAGAAGAUGCGGAUGAAGACUUCUUACGUAUCUUCGCUCAAGAAAAAACAAACAUGGGGACGACCUUCUGCACUGAUAGCGAUGAAGGGGAAUGGGCUGGUUCUGAAGUUACUGAUAUGGAAUGGGAGGAGGGGCAUCUUACUCCUUCAGAGCAAGAUAGUGAAGCUGAUUAUUCAAUCAAGAUUGAUGCCAAAUCUGAACUGAAUGUUGGUUGUUCAAUUGACCAGAAUCUGAAUUUUCAUAAUGAGUAUGUGAUCAUAUCAGAUGACAACGUUAGUAGCUGCAAUGAAGUGAUUCUGGCCGCCGUACCACGAGAGCUGUUUGCAGAGGAGGAAAGCGCAUGCUCUGAGGCGCAAUAUGAUGAGGGGGAUUCUGAACUAGAUAUUCUGAGUCAGAACUUAGAGAUUCAUGAAUAUAGCCUAGCCUUCGAGAGAAUAAAUUGCAACCAAAUGUCUUCAAAUGAAAAUGCAUUUGAGGAAUCAAAAACUGCUGAAGAUGAAAAUGGAGAGUCGGAGAAAAAGUUAAUCAGCACCGAGAUCCCUUCAGCUCCUAUGGAGGAGUCAUUUGCGGAACCAAGUGCAAAUAGCGAGGACAGUCACGAGAAGAGCGGAGUUGAAGCAGAGAACCUGAUUCCUGAAACUAAUCCUCAACUUGGAGAUGAUGAAACUAAUUGCACCAGCAAAGCAACGGAUGAAGCUUCAAAUUAUAAGCAGAUGCAUACAACUCUCCAAGAUGCCGGAGAUGGAAUCGAGCAGAAAGAGCUAGCAGAUGACGCCAAUAUAAUGGUUGAAGUCCAAGCUUUUGAUUUCUCUUGCGCUUACUCUGAAGCGGACCAAGUCAGUACCGAGGUUGAUAAUGAUAAAAGCCACAAGAUGGCCCUAGCUCGCCAGCCUGAUGACACAGCUGAAGACUGGAAUUCAAGUGAACAUAUUGAUGGUGACGGCUUAGCCAAGGAGACUCAAACUAAUGUGUCUGAUGGGCACUCUGAUAGCUCCAGUGUUGUUGAGGACCAGAACUUGGAGAAAGGCCAAAGGGAAGCAAAGAGUUUCAAAAUCUCUAGUUCCAUGGAUGAUGCGAGGCAAAGCAAUCCAGGGUUGAAGAAAUCAAAUUCAGCUGAAGAGUGCGUAGAAGAAGUUGAAAACAUGGAAGUGGAAGACAAAAGCGAGUUAGAGGCUGCAGAUGCAUCGAAAAUAAUCGAUGGUAUAACCAGUCCAGAAAUCAAGACAACAUACUUGCCUGCUGGGAGCAAUUCCACCCAAGAAUUUCCCGACUCUAGCAAGAGUCAGAAAUGGAAAACUAGAUGCAAGAGGCGAGUCAACGAUGAGAAGGAAUUGAGGAAAUUCAACCCACGAGAACCAAACUAUCUGCCUAUAGUUCCCGAUCCAGAAGCAGAAAAGGUUGAUCUGAAGCAUCAAAUGGAGGAUGAAAGAAGAAAUGCAGAGGAGUGGAUGCUCGAUUACCACCUUCAACAGGCUGUUACCAAACUCGCUCCGGCUAGGAAGAGGAAGGUGGCACUACUUGUUGAAGCUUUUGAAACAGUCAUGCCGACAUCCAAAUACGAGACCCGCUUGAGGAAUACAGCAGCCUUUGUUCAUGCAAGACCCGUGCAAGCUUGCAGCUAACCGGGCAGCUGAGGUGAUAACGAAGAGAAAUCGGUCAGUGAAGUGAGUUCGGAAUUAAGGAAAAAGCAUCCUGAAGAACAGAUGUUCCAUUGGAGACUGAACUAGACUCUAGUUGUUGUUGAGCUCUGUUUUAUUUAUAAAAAAAAAAAAAGUUGUUGAGCUCUGCUGCUGAAAUUUUAGUUCUUCGAUAAUAUUAUGUGAUAAGAGUCAUGACAGUACUAUACAUUAUGGUGUUUAAUCUCUUCUGUUGGUAUAAACCAGUCCUUUGGUUGUCUCUGGGGGUACUGUUUCCUCCAGACAUGUUCUAGUUGCUUGUCUGAUAUUGUUUACUAAUAAUUUUGAGUCUAUGUUCAGACUGAGUUCUUUA